AUGGCUAUUGUUAUUUUUGUCGUUGUUAAUGCUGUUGUAAUUCUAUCUAUCUAUCUAUCUAUCUAUCUAUCUAUCUAUCUAUCUAUCUAUCUAUCUCACUCUAUGUCUCUCUCUCUAUAUAUAUCUAUUUCUUUUUGUGAGUACUCGAAUCUACCUGUAUAUUUGACUUCACUCCCAUCUCAAUCUCUGUCUCUAUAUAUCUAUCUACCUAUCUAUCUAUCUAUCUAUUUAGAUCUAUCUAUACAUGAUACCUGCCGCCCCUCGAUGUCGUGUAUCAAUACACGGUUUUUUCCCCACCUGUUCACCCGUUGGGGUCUGUCACUGAUAUUAUACGAGGCGCAUAUCUGCAACCCCCUGGCUAAGAGGCUAUCUAUUGGGGACUUUUCAAUCAUCCUGUAUAUAACAUCUAUCUAUCUAUCUAUCUAUCUAUCUAUCUAUCUAUCUAUCUAUCUGUGUGUUUCUGUGGAGAGAUUUCUAAAAUUUCAAUUUGGUCCAGCGAUCUCGAAUUGUCACACACUCCUUACAGUGGUUCUGCCUGUGCUGAAACACGUGUGGACCGACUUCUCCCCAAUGCAAUGGAGCUCCACCGUCGCUUUUCUUAUUAUUUCCUCUCGCCACACAAACCGCUUUCCUUUCAGAUGA